CCAUUUUGUUCUUUUCUCUUUGUUUCCGUUUCGAACGCAGGGAGAGAGUGAAAAGAUUUUUCCUUUGUCCCUGCUCUCUCAUUCUUCCAUCCCCACCCUUUGAAAAAAAACUUCUUUGGUUUUUUUUUUUGGUUUCACUUCUUGGGUUGUUGGUUGGAUGGAAGAGUGAUUAGAUUCUUUUUUUGGUUUAUGGGCUGUUUGAUUAUUGAUUGAAGAGUGAGUGGGGAGAAGGAGAAAAGGGAUUUUCGUUUCAUUUUCCUGCUGGGAUUUUGAUUUUGAUUUUGAUUGUUGUUUGUUUGGUGGUGCGGAUAGUAAAAUGAAUAUGAUGCGUCGGCUGAAGAGCAUUGCUUCUGGCCGUUCCUCCGUUUCAGAUCCUGGUGGGGAUUCUAGCAUUAAAAGAGUGAAGGUGGAGCAAGAAAUAGAUCAGAAAGUAGACUGUGAAGUAGAUACAGGAGAAAAAUGUGUGAGAGUGCCGGUGGUGCAUAUGGAAGCUAAGUCCAUGGGAGCUGUAGCAAGCACAUCUGAUGUACAUGUGCUUCCAAAAGAAAUGCAUGAAAUGAAAAUUAGAGAGGAUAAAACUGAUGAUCAUGACGAUAUUGGAAAGGAUAUGGAGCCAACUGUUGUUAGUGGAAACGGAACCGAAACUGGUCAGAUAAUUGUGACUUCAAUUGGUGGCCGAAAUGGACAACCUAAACAGACAAUGUCUUAUAUGGCUGAGCGUGUGGUUGGAACUGGUUCAUUUGGAGUCGUAUACCAGGCUAAGUGUCUUGAAACCGGUGAAUCUGUUGCUAUCAAGAAGGUGCUACAGGAUAGAAGAUAUAAGAACAGAGAGCUGCAAAUAAUGCGCUUGCUUAAUCAUCCUAAUGUUGUUCAGCUGAAGCAUUAUUUCUAUUCUACUACUGAGAAGAACGAGGUAUACCUCAAUCUUGUUCUUGAGUAUGUCUCGGAGACUGUUUAUCGGGCUUCAAGGCACUAUAGCAAAGUGAAACAGCACAUGCCUGUCUUAUACGUGCAGCUUUAUACAUACCAGAUCUGCCGUGGACUAAAUUAUAUGCAUAGAGUUAUUGGUGUAUGUCACCGUGAUAUUAAACCACAGAAUCUACUGGUCAAUCCUCACACACAUCAGCUUAAGCUUUGUGAUUUGGGAAGUGCAAAGAUGUUGGUACCUGGUGAACCAAAUAUCUCGUAUAUUUGCUCUCGGUAUUACAGGGCUCCAGAACUCAUCUUUGGAGCUACGGAAUACACAACUGCAAUUGAUAUGUGGUCAGUUGGUUGUGUUCUGGCCGAGCUGCUUUUAGGCCAGCCUAUAUUCCCUGGUGAAAGCAGUGUUGAUCAGCUAGUUGAAAUAAUUAAGGUUUUGGGAACGCCAACUAGAGAGGAAAUCAAGUGCAUGAACCCAAGUUAUAGUGAAUUUAAGUUUCCUCAGAUUAAAGCACACCCAUGGCACAAGGUAUUUCACAACAAAAUGCCGCCUGAAGCAGUGGAUCUAGUCUCAAGGCUGCUCCAGUAUUCCCCUACUUUACGCUACACUGCCUUGGAGGCUUGUGCUCACCCCUUUUUUGACGACUUGAGAGAACCAAAUGCAUGCUUGCCCAAUGGGCGGCCUUUACCUCCUCUGUUCAACUUUGCGGCUGAAGAACUAGCUGGUGCACCUUCUGAACUGCUAAAACGGCUGAUUCCAGACCAUGCCAAGAAGUGAAUCUUCUGAAAGUUGCUUUUGGAUGCUAGAGUGCCCCACUGAACCAUGCCUCCUUGACAUCAAACAAUGAUUAACGAGGAGAAAGCUCUGCUGGUUCCUGACUUAAUUAAUGAGAUAAUUAUGUUGUACAUGCUGGGCCAGGUGGAAGACAACAAUUCUUGGGAGUUUUGUUUCCAAUGGCAAACAUAGUUUCAAUUGUUUGUUGUAUAUGCUCUGCAGAUAUAUAGAUCUUAGAUGUAUGUCCAGUUUGCAAGUGUCCAUAUGGCCCAUGGAGGCUCAAACUGGAGGUUGUUGAGAUAAUUUAGGUACAUAAUUCUUGUAUGUUCCUUACUUUUCCUAGUAGAAAAUGAGUAUCCUACGGAGGCAUGCAUGCUUUCUCU